AUGUCGGACGCUAUCAACAUGAGUCAAGAAACUCAAGUUCCCAUUCCCCGUCGUCUUGAUCCAUCACUUCGACCUACUCUACCUAACGGCCGCCACCCGCUACCGAUAGGCCGCGGGGUCUACCCUUCUUUGAGGUCCCUUCCAAGUGGCACCACCUUGGGUGGAAUGACCAUGGGUCCCCUUCCAAUUCGCAGCGUCUCCGUAGGCACUGGGCCUGAUGAACGGGAAGAUCAGCAACCGGAUCAACAGGCUCUAUACAUUUGCGAUCUGUGCCAGAAAGAAUCUACGACACGAGCGAAUGCCGAACAGCACAGAAAGUACAUGCACAUCGGAACCGUGUGCUACUGGCAAGGCUGUAACACCACUAUGGAGACUGAACGAGGCCUGCGCCACCACCUCUCUUCGGCCCAUAGCUACACCCUAGUUGAGGGCCAGUACGUAUGUAACUGGCCAGGGGAUGGACACGGGGGCGCACCUUGCUUGAAGGUGUUUACCAAGCAGAGUGGUCCGUUGCGUUGUGCUAGAUUCCAUACAUACGACGCAAAGGAGGCCGCCGCUCGCGCGAGUGCCACUCGUGACCAGUCAUCUAUAUAG